GUUCGGACUGGCACCCGGCUCUGCUAUACCCAGUAGCGUUUUUCACAACAGCCAAGAGGCCUACAGCUAACAAUGGGCACCAACCAGGAACCACAUGUAGAGAUCUCAGGGAUUCUGGACAAGAGGCGGCAAAACCUGGUGUGUGGGGCGUUUAUUCUGUCUGUCUGUCUGUCUGUGCCAUGAUCAUAGUAAAGUAAAUUAAUUUAAUAUCAAAUACUGUAUACAGCAUUAUUUGUGGUUUUAUUCUAAGAUCUUUUAAGACAGAUAUAUGAUUUGUUUACACUAUCUGUAUGACUGUCUAUCUAUGUCUAACAGCUUGUUUAACAGUCUCCGACAGUCUUUCUUUCUCUAUCAUCCUGUCUUCCUAACUGUCUCUGCCAAUAUGUCUGUCUCUUUCUAUCUCACUAUCAUCCUGUGUACAUUGUCUCUGUCUGUUUCUCUUUAUAUGUCUGUCUCUGCCAGCCUUUCUGUCUCUGUUUACCUAUCACACUAUCAUUCUGUCUACAUUGUAUGUCUGUCUCUGGAUUCUCUCUACCUUCUACUUCCAAAGAUAGAAUUUCUAGAUAGAAUUCAUUGAUGCAGACAGAUCAUUGCCAUCACUGCUCUAGACUUAAAGGGAUACUGUAGGCACCACACCAACUUUAACUUAAUGAAGCAAUUUUGGUGUAUAGAUCAAGUCCCUGCAGUCUUACUUCUCAAUUUUAUGCCAUUUAGGAGUAAAAUCACUUUGUUUAUGCACCCUAGUCACACCUCCCUGCAUGGACUUACACAGACUUACACUUCCUGUAAAGAGUCAUCUAAUGUUUGCACUUCCUUUAUUGAAAAUUCUGUUUAAUUUAGAAUUUCUUAUAUUUUGCUCUGUUAAUAGCCUUCCAGACCCUGCAAGAGCUUCCCGAGUGUGAUUAAAGUUAAAUUUAUAGAGCAGGAGAUGAAAAUUCCUAAAGCAAGUUAAAAUCUGAUUGAAAGUGAAACUAUUUUUUAAUGCUGGCUGUGUGAGUCACAGCCAGGGGAGGCAUUGCUAGGGCUGCAUAAACAAAAACAAAAGGGAUUUAACUCCUAAAAAGCAGAGAAAUGAGCAGUGACACUGCAGGGGCAUGAUCUAUACACCAAAACUGCUUCAUUAAGAAAAGGUGUUUUUGAUGCAUAUAGUGUCCCUUUAAAUGUAAAUCUUUAAUCAGAACCAACAACGGUCUACCUACACCCCCAUUUCCUUGACACUGUCACUUUCCAUAACCCCCUGAUGGUGCAUAUUUGUUUACAUGGUGGCACACAGGGGAGAGGGGGAAGGAAGGUACAUAUUCCAGUUUUCCAAAAUCGUAAAGCUUGCCCCAGUCGUGGGGAACUCUACCCCAUCAGCCUUUGCGUAUGAUAACCGAUAGGAAAUGGCAAGAUGUGGCAGACGGAGUCUGUUCAAAGCUCUGCCUUUUACCUCAUUUUAUCAAAGUAUCCCAUUAAUUUUUUUUUCUGAUAUUUCUUGAUAGUUGUGAAUUCCAGUUAAAUGAAUUUAAAAUACAUUUCAACACAAUUUAGACAAGUUUUUCAUAAACUGUGCUAAUGGUAAGAAAUGCUCCAGGUCCGUAAGUACUAUAACUCUCAUGAUGCAUCAUGGGAGCUGUAGUUUUAUACCUGUUGGAGAUCCAGAUUUUGGCUCACCUUGCUCAUACUUUUUUUUUGUAUACAUUUCUAACCCUAUGCUUGGAGCAAAAGGAGAUAAAGUCACUACUACGUAACGUGGGAAUUAACACGGAUUAUAGAUAUCGACAAUAAAUCCACAAUAUACAGAUUCUUUAUAUUAUUAUUAUUGCCAUUUAUAUAGCGCCAACAGAUUCCGUAGCGCUUAUCCAGCUCCUCAUACUGUCCCAGCUAUUCUGUUUACUGAGACGGACACAGAGAGGAUGAAAUAGAGAAAAAUUUACUCCUUCCUCCUCCAAAAAAAUUACAUGCUUUUUAAUGCAGGAUAAAUCCACAGUUCAGCUUGCAGUCUGUCCUACAAAGCUUGCAAUCUAUUGUAUGGUGAGUACGGAGCAGAGAUUUAACAUGACCGCUUUAAGCAUUCAAUAGUUCUGAGGCAUUUUAUUGUUUUGUGUUGUGAUGCAAAGUUAUUCAGUAAAAUGGGAAUUAAUGGGAAUUCAGAGGGAAAUUUAAAAUGUUAUGCCAGAAUAGCGUGACUGGAAAGUUCUUAGUGCAGAUAUUUCGGUCUAAAAUUUUUAGGUUACUUUUAAUUCCUGACAAUUCACCCUUUAGUUAAUAAACGUGUUGUGUAUUAGCACAGCUGUUUCUGAAGUAAAUACAUUUCUGUUCCAUCAAAUAAGUUGAAAUUAAUAGGAUUGGGAUGGAAUUGCCUGGAAAAUCUCUAAAAUGUUUGGUGUACAAAGAGGUGCCAAACGCCCAACAUUUUAUCUCUCUAACUAAAGAUCCUAAUGGGCGGGUAGUAGUUGUAUAUCUGAAGACGUCAUGGUGAGUAUUUCAGAUUAUGCAAUGUUCAGGCCCCCAAGGUGCCUCAGCUGCUGCAAACAGGGCCGCCAUCAGGGCAUGGCAAACAGGGCUGCCAUCAGGGCAUGGCAAACAGGGCCGCCAUCAGGGCAUGGCAAACAGGGCCGCCAUCAGGGCAUGGCAAACAUGACAGUUGCCACGGGCCUCGGGGGCCCCCCAUUGACAUACACAUACUCCAUACAAAAUAUCCUUACAUUUAAACACACAAACACUGCUCAGUGUUAAAUACAACCCUGCAAGGAUGGACAAAUUGGAGACCUCCAGCUGGCAAAGCAAUCUGGGACUUGUGCGACAGAUAUGGAUCUACAUUUUGGCCACUUUACACACACUGCAUCCACUACACAAACACAUACAUUGCAUCCACUACAUAAACACACUGCAUCCUUGUGGUCGGGGUGGGCUCUAUAGGCAGUCUCCAGGGUGGGCCCUGGGGGCCCAGACCUUAAGCUGUGUUUGGGGCCCCAAUUUUUCUGAUGGCAGUCCUGGCUGCAAACAAGGAAUUGGGGGUAAUAGACAAUGAAUUUGAUGCAAAACUAGCAGACUCCAUUUGUUCCUGAUUCAAUGAAAAAAACCUAUAUGAAUUAAAAAAAAAAAAUCAAUGUUCAAUAAGCAAAUUUUCCUCAAUCAAUGUUCUCAGAAACAGAUAUUCUAUUCUAUUCAGAUAUUCUAUUAUACUAGCUGCUUUUUCAAGAUUUUCUAGUUUUUCUAGAUUUUCUGCGUUAUAAUACACCUCCUCCAUCGCUAAACCUGCCUCGAACAAUUGAUAAAAUGUUCUCAUUGGUAUUUUUUUAAAAAAAAAUGUAUUCUUUAUUUUGAAAGAUUUUUGUUUUAUGGGGUGGGGGUACAGAAAAGAAAACAGGGAGUUAGAGUUUGUGGUACAAAUUUUGCAUAAAAUAAAUCUUUUCAUAGUAGUCUAACUUUCCAAGCGCAUAUACCAGUUGUUUGUCGGUAGUUUCAACAUACGUUCAUUGCAAGUAAGUAUUUUCAACAAACUUGUCGACAUCUGUUAUUCUUUCGUCUUGGGUUUUGGUUAAUUUAUUUUUUUAACUUGAUUUUGUCUUACAGAAAUUCCAGUGGCGAACGUACACCUUCACGCUAGCAGGCAUAAAGCUAUCCUAUUAUAAAGUUGGAGGAAGUUGUGACAAGGAGGUGGCAAGUGAAGUAAUUUUAAAAUACUUUGUAUCUGAGUGGGCAUCGUGAGGGGCUGUGUACGUUUUACAGUUUGAAUUUGUGUCUGUGCUAAUAAAUUAAAUUUAUAUAAAAUAUUUCACAGCCAGAAAUUGGAAUCUGUAUGUCUGCUGCACCAAAAUAGAUCUCAAUCUAAUUCAUGUUCGUUGAUCGCGUUGCAAAAACAAUGUUUUAAAAUACACGUGCCAUUUUUAUUUUGGGCUGAACCAUCUCCUGAAAUCAUGAUUCUGGCAUUAAUUGUGUUAAGAAAACAACAACAAAAAUAAACAAACAAACAAAAUAAUAUAGACAUCUUUCUAACCAUACAGAAUAUAAUUAUAUAGCUCACGCUUUUUAUAAGAUAUUACGAUGCCCAGCUUAAUAUAUAUUUAAUGAGCAUCAAUUAUGUAAAUAAUGUGUAUUGUGUGAUUAUUGUAGGUGUUGUCUAUAGAAAUCUAUAAUGAGUGACCAUUUAAAGGAUUAGCCAACCAAUAUCCCUCCAGCUGCAGGAAUGGCUUAGAGCGCCACCCUUCAUUGAAAGGCUGAGAGAAGUACUGCAACCAUGAGCUGCUAUUUCAUCAAUCCUAGGGUUAUAAUGAGUCUCUCCCUUUAAUUCUAGGCCUGUUUUACAUAACAGUAUCCAUUAUAUAGUAACUGGUUGUAUCCCUUUAUCAGUAUAAUUAUACAACGUUACUCUGAGUUAAUAUUAAUAUGUUAACUGAGAUAGGACAGCAAUGACAUUGUCAAUAAAAACCUACCCUGACGUUCAAUAAAAUUAAAAAAUCAUUAACGAAAAUCAAUAAAAAUGAUAUUAUAAAAAACAAACAGAAAAGGAACUAUAACGCAGUGUAUAUCUAACGUUCACUGGGGAAAAAUAAACCUUUUUAUUACAUUUUUAGUAAUUUUCGGAUUUGCUCAUUGUAUCCAGUUUCUUACUGAAAGGGAUCCGUUCAAAAGCAGCUUGGAUUAUAAUUAACCAUAAAAUCCUUAAUUUCACUAGAAGCAGAGUGCCGCCCCCGUUAGGGGGGGCUAUCUCACCUCCCCUGAUUCCUGAACUAGUUUUUAAAUGUGUCAGAAAAAUUGCAAAAUAUACAAAACGAGGUGCAUGCUAGGAAUGGACUCUAAUUGGAGACGGUUAUUGUAAAGCAUGCCAAUAAACACGGCCUCAAACUGCUAAACUGUUAAAUAAAAGCGUUCAAGCCACAUAUAGAUUUUUACGGUCUAAUGUAAAGAUUUCUUUCAGGCGAUCAAUUUGCUUUAAAUGCCGCAGCAGGGACAUUUAUUGGAGCAUUGAGACAGGGAGUAUUAUAACUCACAACGAUCUGUGUCUGCUUUCAGGGAGAACUCUGGGGAGUCAUAGACAUGCGAGAAGUGAGUAUUAAUUAAAUGUCCUGUUAUCAUGCAAUAUAUAGAGAUAGCCGGCCGUAUAUCAUUGUGAAAUCCUAUCCAUUAGCUAGAGGUAUGUGUGUGGGAGACGGAGGAAAGAGGGAGAGAGAGGUACAACAAAAAGAUAUGGAUGAAUGACUGGUUGGAUGGAUGGAUGGAUGGGUGAAUGGAAGGAUGCGUGAAUGGAUGGGUAGCAGUUUGGUGAUCGUCUCAUUCACAAAAAUAACCAAAUGUUGGCUGCAUUAAAUUUUUUGGGCAGAAUUAAUUUAAAGAAAUAUGGGGAAGGUUUCAAAAUGAGGAUAUUUGCCCCAUGGCACUGAGGGUUCUAUGGGGCACAAUCUCCUUGUUUUAAGUUAUGUGUGUAUAGAAAUCGGACAUUCCUUGUGUUUCCUGUACAAAAGGUUUAUAGGGUUAUCAUCAUUCAUUCACCAGUUGUCAGGUCCUGGUGAACAUCCAAGGGAGCUCUAGGCAGUGUGGACACAAUCAGGGUGGGGAAUUAAGAUAUGUGCCAGUAUACGUUAUGGAAAAUGUCCCAAUCAGUUGUUCUCUUUCCCUAAACAGGUGCUGUCCGUGUGCGUAGCCAGUCCAAUUGGAUCUCGGUAUCCCAUCGAAGUGACACUAAGAAGUGGGAAAAUCAUUUUGCUUGUAUGAAGCUUGUAUACACACUUUACUUAAUACACUUAUAAUAUAAACCUUAAACACAGAUAUGGUUUUGAUAUAGCUUAACUGUAACCUCCUGACUCUUCAGCACAACCCAUGGCAGGGUUGCUAACUCAGGGAAAUAGCAGUCCACCCCCCACGUUAGCGUAGUAAUACAUUAAGAGGAUUAUAUAAAUAUGGAAUUGUACAAUGUAGAUAUAAAGUGUUGACAUUGUGACUAGCAAAGGUCGAUCACCCUUCCACCUGGCCCAGGCAGGAGGAGAUUCACCCCCUAACUGUGUCUGGCAGCAAGUUAAGACCUCAAUCACUUGCCUACCGUAUACCUCUCCGCUGUUCUCCAAACACAGCAGUAAAUAAAGAAUUUACAAUUAUAAUUUAAAAAAUAAUACUUAUAACAUAUUCUAUUAGAACCCAUGUCAUAUGAUAAAAUAAGCAGCCAGUGUCAUAGUGCAUUAAAUUGGGACCACCAUUGAAAUGAGUAUCUGUUUAACCGUAUCCUAUAUUUAAAAUAAAGCUGUUUGGGGAAAUUGGAGUAAAAAUACUGUAAUAUUACAAAUUCCUCAUCAACACACUAUUAUUUUUUUUUAUAUAUUAAUAGUUUAAUGAGAGGAGCAAUUUACAAAUAUAAAUCAGACUAUAAGGAAAGAAAGAUAGGAAUCAAUCACUGAACAAGCAUGUGACUGCUAUAUAUGACUGGGGCACUCCUGUGACUUCUGAUAUAUGGGAAUCACUCAUGGAACAAGCAUGUGACUGCUAUAUAUGUCUGGGGCACUCCUGUGACUUCUCGUAUAUGGGAAUCACUCAUGGAACAAGGAUGUGACUGCUAUAUAUGUCUGGGGCACUCCUGUGACUUCUCGUAUAUGGGAAUCACUCAUGGAACAAGCAUGUGACUGCUACAUAUGUCUGGGGCACUCCUGUGACUUCUCGUAUAUGGGAAUCACUCAUGGAACAAGCAUGUGACUGCUACAUAUGUCUGGGGCACUCCUGUGACUUCUCGUAUAUGGGAAUCACUCAUGGAACAAGCAUGUGACUGCUACAUAUGUCUGGGGCACUCCUGUGACUUCUCAUAUAUGGGAAUCACUCAUGGAACAAGCAUGUGACUGCUACAUAUGUCUGGGGCACUCCUGUGACUUCUCAUAUAUGGGAAUCACUCAUGGAACAAGCAUGUGACUGCUAUAUAUGUCUGGGGCACUCCUGUGACUUCUCAUAUAUGGGAAUCACUCAUGGAACAAGCUUGUGACUGCUAUAUAUGUCUGGGGCACUCCUGUGACUUCUCAUAUAUGGGAAUCACUCAUGGAACAAGCAUGUGACUGCUAUAUAUGUCUGGGGCACUCCUGUGACUUCUCAUAUAUGGGAAUCACUCAUGGAACAAGCAUGUGACUGCUAUAUAUGUCUGGGGCACUCCUGUGACCUCUCAUAUAUGGGAAUCACUCAUGGAACAAGCAUGUAACUGCUAUAUAUGACUGGGGCACUCCUGUGACUUCUCGUAUAUGGGAAUCACUCAUGGAACAAGCUUGUGACUGCUAUAUAUGACUGGGGCACUCCUGUGACUUCUCGUAUAUGGGAAUCACUCAUGGAACAAGCUUGUGACUUCUGAUUAGGUAGCGUUUAGGGAAUUAUAAUCCUUUCUCUGCUGAUAUAGUUGGUAUAUUUAGUAAUCAUUAAAUGCUUUCAUUCCCUACAGGCCUCAGAUAGCCAGUUUGAAAGAUCUCGGUGGCUGAAGGCCCUUCAAGAGAAAUUGGUUUUGUCGAAGAGGAGGUAAGAAGGGAGAAUAAUUGGGCAGGCAUUCUGUUUCAGCUUGCUGAGACCCAAGGCUGCCAUAUUGCCAUAGGCCUGAGGCAGUGGAACUGCUAAUGGCAGGGAUGGUGAAGAAGUUUGACAGUAUGGCCCAACUGAGCCAUAUGUUCUACCAUUGCACUAUUUAAAAUUGACUUCCUCCUGCCAUCUUUGUGCUCAAACAAAGGAUGACAAUAUGGAAGAUGCAGUGUGUGAUGAAAGACCCGGACAGACUCUAGAAAUGCUAAAUGAGUCUGGGAAGUACGCUGAGAGGAAGAAAAACUAUUCAUACAAUAGGGAAGAGACUGUUCUUACAGUAAAAGAGACUGUUUUUACAGUAAGGGCUUAUUGUAGACACCUAUGUUGGGAUUUUAAGUGUCAGAUCCCUGGGAGAUGGAUCUCCCCGUGUUGUACUCGUUAUGUUUCUCUUUGGAAUUCACCAGCCUUUAGAAGCUCCAAAUCCAUCGCACUCCAUCUCAUGGGCAGCAGUCUGGUACCCACAAGUGUCUACAAAACCUGUACUAAAGGAUUUUAUUGACCGGUGAUGAGUGCCAUGUCUCUUAAAAUCACAAUAGGCAGUCCAAGAGACACAACCUUCCAGGAGAGUUUUAGAACAGUUCCCCAACAAAGCACUGUCUAUAAACACAUUAUUAUUAUUAUUAUUUUAUUAUUUAUAUAGCUCCAACAAAUUCCGUAGCGCUGUACAAUGGGUGGACUAACAGACGCAUAGUUGAGAUCAGACAACUGACAUACAGGAACAGAGGGGGUUGAGGACCCUGCUCGAUGAGCUUACAUGCUAGAGGGAGUGGGGUAUAGUGACACAAAGGGUUAAAGUAGGGGAAUUAAAUAGUUUGUUACAGAAGGGUUUAUUGAGUGCUUGGUAGGUCAUUUUUGACAGUUGCAGAAACGGAGUCAUGGGGUGGGGGAUGAGAAACCUGAUGACAGUUUAAUUGAUACACUUUAAUAAAGAAAUGAGUUUUCAAAGAUUUUUUGAAGGAAUGGAGACUCGGUGAAAGUCUGAUUGAGAAGGGAAGGGAGUUCCACAGAAUAGGUGCAGCCCUGGAAAAGUCUUGAAGGAGAGCAUCAGAGGUGGGGAUCCAGGCAGAGGAUAGGCGUAGGUCUUGGGCUGAGCGCAGGGGUCUCGAUGGGACAUACUUGUGUAUGAGGGAGGAUAGGUAUGUUGGAGCAGCAUUAUGUAGGGAUUUGUAAGCAAGUGCCAGAAUUUUGAAUUGGGCCCUAUAUCUAACUGGAAGCCAAUGCAGGGACUGACAGAGCGUGGAGGCGUGGGAGGUGCGACCGGACAGGAAAAUAAGCCUCGCAGCCGCAUUCAUUAUAGAUUGCAGUGGUGCAACCUGGGAACAUGUAAGACCGGUGAGAAGGGGAUUGCAGUAGUCAAGGCGAGAGAGAACAACAGCAUGAACCAGUACCUUAGCCGCGUCCGGCGUUAGAUAUGGGCGGAUGCGCGCUAUGUUCUUGAGUUGGAAGCGACAGGAUUUGGCUAUCGAUUGGACAUGGGGAGUAAAAGAGAGAUCAGAAUCAAAAAGAACCCCUAGGCAGUGAGCCUGGGAGGUAGAGGUGAUAGUAGCUCCGUUGACUUGGAUGGCGACAGACACAGGAGUAGCAGCACUUGAGGGAGGAAAAACUAGAAGUUCUGUUUUGGACAGGUUGAGUUUAAGGAAGUGAGCAGCCAUCCAGUUGGAGAGGCAGUCAGAAACACGAGUCAAGGUGGGUGGAGAGAGAUCAGGGGAGGACAGGUAGAUUUGCGUGUCACCUGCAUAUAAAUGAUAUUGGAAGCCAAAGGAGCUGAUGAGUUUACCAAGGGAGGCAGUAUAGAUAGAGAACAGUAGGGGGCUGAGGACAGAACCUUGGGGGACGCCAACAGAGAGGGGUUGGGGAGAAGAGGCAGAGCCAGAGAAAGAAACACUGAAAGAGCGCUGGGAGAGGUAGGAGGAGCACCAGGAGAGAGCAGUAUCCCGUAGACUAAAGUUACGGAGAAUGUGAAGAAGCUGUUGAUGAUCAACAUAUAUAUAUAUGUAUGUAUGUAUAUCUAUUGAUUUCUUCAUCCAUAUUUUUCCAUAUUUUAUGUUUUCUCCUUAGUUUUCUGUCUUUUUAAAUAUACAACCCAUUGUAUGAUCUCUGUCUCUCUCUCUCCAAACAGAAGAUCUUCAGAUGGUCCCUUGGUCCGCGAACAAUUCAAUUUUGCACAAGAAAACCGUGAAUGGACAAGUAAGGUAAAAAAAAUAAUAAUCUGGAAUACAUGAAUUUGUUUCUAGCAUUACCAAUGGGAAAACCUGGAAUUGGAUUAAUCAGUCCCACCAAAUCUGGCCAAACAUUCUGUAGGGUUUAAAUGAUGCCAUCUGUUAAGAACAGAUAUGAAGUUUUCAUGAGACGUAAUCCGUUCCAUACAGCUCAGGACCCUGUUGAUCUCCAGGAACUUACAUUUUGGCUGGGUAGGCAGCUUUGCCCCCAAAUCUAAACUGCCCUUUGUCAAACAACUGCCUUUCCAGGAUUAAUAUUAUUAUUUUAUUAUUAUUACCAGCAAAUUCUGUAGUGCUGUACAUUGGGUGGACUAACAGACACGUAAUUGUAACCAGACAAAUGGACGCACAGGAACAGAGGGGGUUGAGGGCCCUGCUCAAUGAGCUUACAUGCUAGAGGGAGUGGGGUAUAGGGACACAAAGGGUAUAAGUAGGGGAAAUAAAAUAGGUUGCUAGAAAAGUAAUCACUGAGAACUUAGUAGGUUAUUAUUGACAGCUGCAGGAGUUGAGUCGUGGGGGGUGUGGGAUAAACAGCUAACAGUUUAAAUGAUAUGCUUUCCUGAAGAAGUGUGUUUUCAAAGAUUUUUGGAAGGAGUGGAGACUGGGUGAACGUCUAAUGGAGAAGGGAAGGGAGUUCCACAGAAAAGGUGCAGCCCUGGAGAAGUCUUGGAAGCAAGCAUCAUAUGUGGGAGUACGGACAGAGGAUAGGCGUAGGUCUUUGGCAGAGCGCAGGGGCCUCGACGGGACAUAUUUGUGUAUUAGAGAGGAUAGGUAGAUUGAAGCAGCAUUAUGUAGGGACUUGUAAGCAAGCUCCAGAAUCUUAAAUUGAGCCCUAUAUCUAACUGAAAGCCAAUGUAGGGACUGACAGAGGGGGGAGGAGUUUAAGGUGCGGGGGCGGACAGGAAAGUGAGCUUCGCCACCGCAUUCAUUAUAGAUUGCAGCGGUGCAAUCUGGGAACACUUAAGACCACUGAGAAGGGGAUUGCAAUAGUCAAGGCGAGAAAGAACAACGGCAUGAACCAGCACCUUAGCUGCGUCUGGUGUUAAAUAAGGGCGGGUGCAAGCUAUGUUUUUGAGAUGGAAGCGGCAGGAUUUGGCGAUCGACUGGACAUGAGGGGUGAAGGAGAGGUCGGAGUCAAAGAGAACACCUAGGCAGCGAUAGAGUAAUUUCUAUAGUAAUGAUAAUGAUAAGCUUUUAUUUGCUUGUAUCAUGAUUAUGAUGAUUAUUAAAAUUUCUUAUUUUUUUUUUUAUUCUAAAAAGUAUUUAAUUAUGUCUUUCAGUCCAAUACCUCUUCUGUAGCAGAAAGCCCCACCUGCGAUGAAGGUAUAUUUACAUGUUAAUAUUUUUACCUUAUUGCGGAGCUCUGUGAUACACUCAUACACACUGCAUAUUACUGUGAGUUUUAUUGCUGUGGAGCUCUGUUAUACACUCAUACACACUGCAUAUUACUGUGAGUUUUAUUGCUGUGGAGCUCUGUUAUACACUCAUACACACUGCAUAUUACUGUGAGUUUUAUUGCUGUGGAGCUCUGUGAUACAUUGUACACACUGCACAUUACUGAGUUUUAUUGCUGUGGAGCUCUGUGAUACACUCAUACACACUGCACAUUUCUGGGAGUUUUAUUGCUGUGGAGUGCUGUGAUAUAGUUAUACACACUGAUUACUAUGGGUUUUAUUGCUGUGGAGCACUGUGAUAUAUUCAAACAUACCGCACAUCAGAGUGAGUUUUACUGAUGUAGAACACUAUCUGUGAUACAGACUUCGCAUUACUGGGAGUUUUAUUGCUGUGGAACAAACAUUGUGUGUACCAACAAUAGAGAGAUAAUUGGGUUAUGAAAGUGGGACAAAGUAAGUUAUAUAUUUUAUAUCCCUAUCUGUGCUUCCCCUACAGAAGUUGAUGUGCUUGGAGAUAUGGAUUCCUUCAUUGACAACACUUUCAACGGGAUCACAUAUAACCGACAAUCACAAAUAAUAAAGAACGACAUCCAGACGCAUAUACCAAAUCAGGGUGAGUGGCAAGUUUGCAUCUAAAAGGUCUGUGGAUUAUUCUGCCUGUCUCUGUGAAACUGUGGGAUACCUUCAGAUAAUCACUAUGUGUGACCGUGUGACACAGCACAGGUAAAGGGAGCUAUGGGGUAUGGACACUAUUAAAAUGCUACCUGUAACCGAAAGAGAACUACCGGAGGACACCAAGGGCUGUAGGAAAGGUAUUGGUGGACACAUUGCCUUCCUUUCUAAUAAGUUACAUACCUGUCUGCACCAACUUACCAGUCUUCACCUAAGACUGCCAUUUGCUUGCGUCCCCACGUGUCUGUAAGGGAGAUUUACUAAGAGUUGGUGGGUUUUUAAGGCAAGAGCCAAUAAGGUAAAUUGUGGAGUCUCAAUUUAAUUAAUUCUUUGGAAUAGGGAUAACAUUCUUUAUAAAAACAAUGAUGAUUUGAUUGACCUCAGUCAUGAAUCUCUACAAAAUACGGGAGAAAUCUGACAUUUUGACUGAGCUGCCAGGAAGUUUAGCCUAUGAUUUUAAAUAGUUUCUAUAGACAAACAAGAAAAAUUUUAGAAAAUUGCAAUAAUUAUGAUUUUUUUUUUUUUAUAGGUUAUGAUAAAGUAUUUGAAAAAUAAUCAUACCAGGUCUGUUUUUACACAUCAGUGCGUCUCUGGGGUAAUCUAGCAAUUAUAGACAAUGAACUAUACCCUUAUUAAAUCUCAGCGCACUCUCUGUGACUAUACGGACAUACACAGACACUCGCCCAAAUCAUCCUCUCCCUACAACAGUUCUAACCAUAUCAUUUAUCAUGCAGGUGCCAAUUUUAGAUGAAGUAAGAGUUAAAGGAAUCGUUACCCCUGUUAUACAAAACGCAAAGGACACAGGCCUAAUAUGAGGACUUCAAAUCAUUAUUGAGCUUCGUCCCAUUGACAUGACGAUACAUGCAAUAUUCACAGAAAUAUUAUUUAUUGAUCUUGGAGCAGAAGAAGAUGGACACAAUAUGGCAAACUGUUUAUAGAUUUUGUUACUAAACUUAUACCAUACCCAUGUCUAAAAAAUGUAUCAAUC